GAUUUGGGCGCUGUCCGAAACGCUCGGGUUUCACCAUGUCGGGAAUAGCGUGGCCGGCGUCUUGGGUCUCUGCGUCGCUUUCGGCAAGAUCUGGGGCCCCGGAUGGGGCCCUAGACCCUUGCGUUCCUCUCCCCCGCCGCCCCGACCGCCGCCGACGUCGAACUCCUCCCACCGCGCGCAUUCACUUUCUGGCGAGGCAACUGGCGCGCCACCGCCGCUCGCUGCCGACCUGGCGCCGCCGGCCCCCGCGGCCGCGCGGCCCGAGGCCACCCCCGAUGCCGACGCGCCCGCCCCCGCGGAGCCCCCGGCGGGCGCCCUCGCCGCCACGGGGAACCGCGCAGAGCCCCCGGCAGGCGGCGAGGCGGAGCCCCCAGCGGGCGCCUUCGCCGCCGAGGGGUCCCCCGAGGUGGCCGCCCCCGCGGAGCCACCGGCGGGCGCCCUCGCCGCCGGGAAGAGUCCCGAGGAGGCCGCCCCCGCAGAGCCCGAGGGUGGCGCCGGGGCGGCCGCCCAGCCGGGCCCCCAGGUGGGCGCCCUCGCCGCCGAGGGUGUCUCCGAGGUGGCCGCUCCGGUUCGGCGUGCCAAGGGCCCCGGCGUGGGGGCGGCGGGCCGGGGCGGCUCGCCCUCCCAGCGCUCGCCGUCAGCAGCGGCCGGAGGCGGGGGCGCAGUGGGCCAGGCGCCGCACGCUGCUGCUGCCGACUCGUUGGCUCGACGGGUGGCCGAAGAUGCCCCGCCGGACCAGCUCUGCUCUUCGGCUGCGGCCGCCGACCUUGGGCCUCAAGCCUCGGCCCCGGCUGCCUGCCAGGCGGUCGAAGAGCGGGAGGAGGAGGGGGCAGCGGCGAUCUUGCAGGGUGCGGUGGACAUGGUGCCUCGAGCUGCUGCCGCAGACCUGUCGCCAGCGGCUCGGGAGGCAGAGGCUGCCCCGCCAGACCAGCCCGCCUCCCCAGUCAUGACCGACAGCCUUGAGCCUCGCACUGCGGCCACGGUCGAGGAGGAGCAGCCGGCGGCUGCCUUCCAAGGAAUAGUAGACCGGGCGUCGCCAGCGGGUGAGCCAGCCGACCUCGUGCCGGCGGCCCUGGAGGUGGCCGAGGCUGCCGAGUCAGGGAGGCUCGCCUCGCUGGCCGCGGCCGGUGAGCUUGAGCUGGAGGUUGCCGAGGUUGCCGAGUCAGAAAGGCUCGCCUCGCUGGCCGCGGCCGGUGACCUUGAGCCUGAAGCUUCCCUCGCUUCUGCCUGCGGCCCCCAGCCCACGGCCAAAGAGGAGAGGGAAGCGGACGCCGCCGAAUCUGCGGCGGGCCAGGCGUUGCCAGUUGCCUCUGCGGGCCAGGAUGCCCCACCAGACCCGCCCGCCGACCUUGGGAUUCGAGCCCCUCCGGUCACAGCCGCGGCCCCUCAGCCAGCGGCCGUAGAAGAGGAGGCAGUGACGGCUGACUUGCACGAUGCAGUGGACGUGGCGUCGCCGGCUGCUGCAGCAGGCCCCUCGCUGGCAGAUCGGGAGGUGGCCGAGGCAGGUCGGCCCGCCUGUCCAGCCAUGGCCGCCGACCUUGGGCCUCGAGCCUGCCCAGCCACGCCCGCGGCCGUCCAGCAAGCGGCCGAGGAGGAAGAGAGGGCAGCAUCUGCUUUCGAGGAUCUGGUGGACCAGGAGGCCUUAGCUGCUGUGGCCGCCGACCCCUCGCCAGCUGUUCGCGAGGUGGCCGAGGCUGCCCCGCCAGACCGGCCUGCCUCUCCAGACAUGGACCACGAUUUCGGGCCUCGAACCUCUCCAGCAGCCGCGGCGGUCCAGUUGACAGCAGCUGAGGAUGGUGCGCCAACGGCUGCCUUCGAGCGAGUAGUGGACGAGGCGCUGCCAGCUGCCGUUGCCGACCCGUUAGCAGGAGUUCAGAAGAUAGCCCAGGCCGUCCCGAAGGACCAACCCAUCAACCUUGUACCUCAGACCUCUCAAGCCGCAGCCACUGCCGCCAAGUCCGCGGCCGAAGAGGAUGAGGAGAAGGAGGAAGCGAGUGUAGCGGCUGACCUGCAGGCUGCAGUGGAGCAGAUUUCGCCAGCUAUAGUCGCCGCCGAGCCCUUGCCAGCGGCUAAGGAGGUUGCCGAGGCUUCCCCGCCAGACCGGCCACAUUCGAUGGCUGUUGCCGCCGCCCAGCUCCCGCUCGAGGAAGAGCUGGGGGCAGCGGCUGACUUGCAGGGCGUAGCGGAGCAGAUUUCACCAGCUCUUGUUGCCGCCGAGCCCAUGCCAGCGGUUGAGGAGGUGGCCGAGGCUGCCCCGCCAGACCGGCCACCAUCGCUGGCUGCUGCCAGCGACCCCGAGCCUGGACCACCUCUAGAAACAGCCAUGGCCGUCCAGUUCGCGCCCGAGGACGAGGAGGAGGAAGAGGAGGAGAGGGAGGAAGUGAAAGAGGAGAAAGAGGAGGAGGAGAAGACGGCUAUUGCCUUCCCAGGUGCAGUGGACGAGGCGCUGCCGGCUGGCCCUGCCGAGCUGUUGCCAGAGGUUCACGAGGUGACCGAGGCUGCUCCGCCAGGCCAGGCCGCCUCCCCAGCCAUGGCUGUCGACCUUGAGCUGAAAUCUUCGGCCGAUGAGAAGACAGCGGCUGUCGCUGCUGACGUGUUGCCAGCUAUUGGGCUGACCGAGACGGCCCUGACAGACCAGCCACACUCGCUGCAUGUGAUCGCCUACCUUGGGCCUGAAUCCUCUCUGGCAACACCCGAGGAUGAGGAGGGGGCAGCGGCUGACCUGCAGGGUGCAGUGGAGCAGAUUUCGCCAGAUCCUGUCGCCGCCGAGCCCGUGCCAGCGGUUGAGGUGGUCCAGGCUGCCCCGCCAGACCAGCCUGCCUCUCCAGACAUGGCCGACGGCCCGGAGCCUCGAACCUCUCCAGCCUCAGCCGCGGCGGUCCAGUUGACAGCAGCUGAGGAUGGUGCGCCAACGGCUGCCUUCGAGCGAGUAGUGGACGAGGCGCUGCCAGCUGCCGUUGCCGACCCGUCAGCAGGAGUUCAGAAGAUAGCCCAGGCCGUCCCGAAGGACCAACCCAUCAACCUUGUGCCUCAGACCUCUCAAGCCGCAGCCACUGCCGCCAAGUCCGCGGCCGAAGAGGAUGAGGAGAAGGAGGAAGCGAGUGUAGCGGCUGACCUGCAGGCUGCAGUGGAGCAGAUUUCGCCAGCUAUAGUCGCCGCCGAGCCCUUGCCAGCGGCUAAGGAGGUUGCCGAGGCUUCCCCGCCAGACCGGCCACAUUCGAUGGCUGUUGCCGCCGCCCAGCUCCCGCUCGAGGAAGAGCUGGGGGCAGCGGCUGACUUGCAGGGCGUAGCGGAGCAGAUUUCACCAGCUCUUGUUGCCGCCGAGCCCAUGCCAGCGGUUGAGGAGGUGGCCGAGGCUGCCCCGCCAGACCGGCCACCAUCGCUGGCUGCUGCCAGCGACCCCGAGCCUGGACCACCUCUAGAAACAGCCAUGGCCGUCCAGUUCGCGCCCGAGGACGAGGAGGGGGCAGCGGCUGAGUUGCUGGGCGCAGUGGCCCCAGCGGCUACCGCCGCCGACGUACCGCCAGCUGCUCCAGAGCUGGCCAAGGCUGCCUCGCCAGAACGGCCUGCAUCGCCGGCUCUGGCCGCUGACCUCCAGCUCCGCGCAGCCGCAGCCGCCCCGCCCGCGGCCGAGGAAGUGGCAGCGGCCGCCAGCGGGCCAGACCAGCCCUCCGUGGCCCCCGCGGCUGCAGCGAGGGUGGCCGCUGCGCCCGCCGCGCCGGCGCCGACUCCCGCAGCGCCGAGCCCCCCCGCCGUUGCGCGAGGGCCCCCGCGCCCGGGCUGCCGCCGCGUGGUGGGCUUCGAGCUCAUCGUCGAGCGCAUGCCGCCCGAGGCGAAGAUUCUGGACGUGGAGGCGCUCGUGGAGGAGCUGCUGGCACUGCGCGCAGGCCCGGCCGCGCGGCUGACGCCUCAGCAGGCGCUGCGGCUGCUGUUGGGCUGCAACUUGAGCGUGCGCGAGGCGGCGGAGCGGGCCGACCUUGUGCAGGCUUGGCGCCUGGAGCACGACCUCGCGGGCGUGCGGCGAAGCCUCGCUGGCUGCCUGGGCGGCCUGGGCGUUGGCGCGGGGGCCGUGCCGCCUUCGGCAUGCCUGCCAGGCCACGAGCAGGUCUGCCAGCUGAUGGUGGUGAACCCCUGCGUGCUCACCACGGUCGACGGCCGACCCGUGAGCAUCUGGCACAUCUCGGGCGCCCGCAGCUCCGCCGUCGGCUCCACCCCCGACGACAUGCUCGCGGCCUGGUCUCGGGCCACCUUCGAGUACGUGGACCUGUGGCUGUCGGCGCAGAGCGAGACGUCCGGCUGCCUCGCGGGCCACGUGCAGGUGUUCGACCUCAGCGGCCUCGGCUUCCGCCUCGUCUCCAACUCGGCGCUGCAGGAGAAGCUGAAGGUCGCGCUGGGCGCGGGCGGCUUCUACGUCGAGGUCGUCUCCCACAUCUUCGUGAUCAACUCCGGCACCCUGUUCACCAUGGCCUGGAAGGUGAUCGAGAACUUCAUCACGCCGAGGACCGCCUCCAAGAUCCAGCUUUGUCAACGGCGGCGUGCCCGGCGCCCUCGCCGAGCUGCUCGACGCCCCCUCGCGGGAGAGGCU